GUGGAUCGCCAGAAGAUUCUCAACUGGGUGCAUUCCCUACAGGUCCUGGACCCUGAAAUGCUUCAGACGAAAAGGAUUGGUGGUAACCCUGUAGCAGAUUCUGUUACCACCACGACUCCCCCUCCAAUCGCCGAAGCCGCUGCUUCCAUCUCAACACUUUCUGUGCAACCUGAUGCUGGCGUUUCAACCUUAUACGUUCAUGCUGACCUGGCUACGAGAAACAGUAGCAGCAGCAUGGCACGGGAACAAGAAACAACAGCAGGGUGUGGCAGCAGCGGCAAUGGUCCUCUGUGCCUGGGUGCGGACGUUCUAGGGUUUCGAGGCUCGCCUUCCAUUGGCGUGGAGUACAGCACUCGAGGGGCGCUAAAGCAGUCCUCCUACGACUGCAGCCACAUUGCCAUGACCUACACUGCCCUCGCCAUCCUCGCCACCCUAAAGGAGGAUACUGUUUCCAGUCAGGGCAGUGCCACUGGCGGUGGCGCUGACAAUGCAGGUUGCAGCUUACCAGACGUGCGCCAACAUCCUGUGGAGGGUGCAGGGUUGCUCGGAGAGCAGGUGGAUGAGAGAAGCAGCGAGGGAGUGGGUGCAAGGGGUGAGGAUGGGAAUGGGGUGCUCGGCAGGCGGGAGGAUGGGGUGUGUGCAAGGGGCGGGGACGGAGUGGAUACCACAGCAGCGUGUAGUAGAGCAGGGGAGGUGCGAGGCAUGGCCAAGUCCCUGCGAGAAUUGCAGCUGCAGGACGGGAGCUUCAUGCCGGUUGCAUGUGGGAGUGAGUCCGACAUGCGCUUCGUGUUCUGCGCUGUUCAGUCAGUGAGGUUCUUGGUGCUCAUCCGCACUGUCUCUCUCUCACAGCAUCUUCUCCCUUGUUCUCCUCUGCCCUUCACCCUGCCUGAACCGAACAACCAACCCUGCAGCGGCCAUUUCAAGCAUGAUUGGGUGGGCGGCACGCUAGGCAUGCUGGGAGCAGACCACCUCAUUGACUUCCCAGCCCUACGAAGCUUCCUCUUUACCUGCCAGAACACCAGGUACGGUGGUUUCAGCAAGCACCCAGGGGGGUUCCCCGACAUCCUGCAUUCUUUCUACGGGGUCUGCGGGUUUUGCCUGGCUGGGGAGCCAGGCCUGCUUCCCCUGCACGUGCCUCUGGGCAUUUCAAAGAGAGCAGCUGCAUGCUUCAACCAGGGAUAG